CUCAGCUACGCCGUAAAACAAAGUGCAAGCCGAAAGACCUCCCCAAUUCUGCAGAGAGAUGUCGGGCUCAGUUAUACAAACCGGACAUGAAGCGAUUGACGAAUUACAGUAUUUAGAGGAGGAAGCCAAUGAAGAAGAGGAGGAGUCGUGGUCCUCUUCGGACGAGGAAAUUGGCGGCGCCUUGGAUUACUUGGACGCUAGGGAUGGUUCGGAAGGCGGCCUUGGCGGCGGCGGCGGUGGAGGGUUCACUCUGCAAUCCAGUGGUAGACGACCCAAUGCUCACGGAGGGGUGCAGUCUCGACCCAAUAACUCAUCCCUUCAACCCCUCUCCAAUCGUACCCAGAAGUUCGCUAAUCGCAUCAAAGCUUCCCCUUUGGAGGAAUGGGAAGGAAGGAUCAGUUUUGGCAUGUCAAACUCUGUAACAACUGAAAUUCGUGAAAGUGUUCGUGAGAUGGCCAUUGGUAAAACUAAAACUACUGACAAAGCAGACCGUGCGACUGUUGAACAGGCAAUUGACCCGAGAACUCGCAUGGUUUUGUUUAAAAUGUUGAACCGUGGUGUGUUUCAUGAUAUCAAUGGCUGCAUUUCAACUGGUAAAGAAGCCAAUGUUUACCAUGCUACAAAAUCAGAUGGGCAGGAACUUGCAAUCAAAGUUUACAAGACUUCAGUCCUUGUAUUUAAGGAUAGAGAUCGCUAUGUUCAGGGUGACUAUCGGUUCAGAUAUGGAUAUUGCAAGCAUAACCCCAGGAAAAUGGUUAAGACAUGGGCUGAGAAAGAAAUGAGGAAUCUAAUGAGGCUCAAGGCAGCUGGAAUAAGGUGCCCAACUCCACUUCUUUUGAGGUUGCAUGUUCUGGUUAUGGAAUUCAUAGGCAAGGGAGGUUGGGCAGCUCCUAGACUUAAGGAUGCCGGUUUACCUCUUGACAAGUUGCGUGAAGGUUAUGUGGAGAUAAUUAUGGCAAUGCGAAAACUGUAUCAGAAGUGCAAGUUGGUGCACGGUGACCUAAGCGAGUAUAACAUACUCUAUCUUGAGGGUCACUUGUAUAUCAUCGAUGUUUCACAAGCAGUUGAUCUUGACCAUCCCCAUGCACUUGAUUUCUUAAGGGAAGAUUGUGUUCAUGUGUCUGAUUUCUUCAGAAAGCAUGGUGUAGCUGUCAUGACAAUUAGAGAAUUGUUCGAUUUUAUUGUUGAUCCUAUGAUUGAUGAUGAUUCAGUGGACACAUAUUUGGAAGAGGUUCAACGAAAGAUUUUGGCAAGAGGUGAAGUGAGUGCAGAGGAUGAAAUUGCGGACUCCGUAUUCAUUCAGUCAUUCAUUCCAAAAACGCUCGAUACUGUGAAAAACGCGGAGGCAGAUGUGCAACGUAUUGUUAGUGGUGAGGACACUGGAGAUCUGUACUACAAAACCAUAACAGGGCUCAAGCAAGCUCUCAGCUCUACAGCAGAAGCAGCUGAGCAGGAGAAUAAUAAUUCAGAAACCGAGACCGAAACCGAAGAAACUGAAAGUGGGUCUGAGGAAGAAGAAGAAAACUCACCAAUGGAUAGAAAAGCUGCUAGGAAGGAGAACAAGAAGAAGGUUAAGGAGGAGAAGAGGGAAGCUCGUAAACACAAAGUGCCAAAAGCUGUGAAGAAGAAAAAGAAAAAGUUGGCCAAGGCCAAGAAGUAUCGCUAGUCAGUAGUCACUAAUCAGCCAAACACCAAUUUUUGCAGAAAUUUUGAGAUCAGCAGCAGUGUGUUCUUCAAGGAUGCAUCAACAUGGGUGAUUUAAAUGCCCUUAACAUACCUUAAUAGCCUUAGCUUGGUAAUGUAGUGCCCAUUAGAGGCUAUAGCCUUAUUUAGUUGUACGGAGUAUUAUUUUUAGUUAUUUAGGGUUUUGCUAUAGAAAUCAAAAAUUUAAGUUGUUCAAUAGAUUUUUAAUUACUACGUAAGUUUUAUUCUAGUGGGUUUGAACUUUGAAUCACAUGUAUUUUGCGAGUUAUAUAAAUGUGGAAGGAAAGCAAUUGGGAACAAUC